AUGGGUACCUCGAAUCUCUGCUUGUUUUUCUUCUCUCUGGUGAUUUUGUCUGCUAUGGCGGCUGCUAAGGUGGUUCUGAUUGGGAAUAACAUCACUCUCUCGUUCGAUGAUAUUGAAGCUAAUUUCUCUCCGUCGGUCAAAGGGUCUGGAGAAUACGGAGUGUUAUUCUUGGCAGAGCCGCUAGAUGCAUGUACAGAAGUUACAAAUAAAGCUAAACAAUUUCCGAAUACUAGUUCACCUUUUCUUUUGAUGAUUAGAGGAGGGUGUAGCUUUGAGGACAAGGUUAGGAUGGCACAAAAGGCUGGCUACAAAGCUGCAAUAGUCUAUGACAAUGAAGAUGGCGGCGUCCUAGUUGCAAUGGCAGGAAAUGCUGCUGGCAUAAGAAUACAUGCGGUAUUUAUAUCAAAAGCUUCGGGUGAAAUACUAAAGAAAUACGCUGGUUUGACAAAUGUGGAAACAUGGCUCAUUCCAACUUUUGAAAACUCAGCAUGGUCUAUUAUGGCGAUUUCAUUUAUUUCCCUGCUAGCUAUGUCUGCAGUGCUGGCUACUUGUUUCUUCGUCCGCAGGCAUCGCAUAAGAAGAGAAAGGCCUCGAGCUUCUUCUCAUGUUCGUGAGUUUCAUGGUAUGAGUAGUCGCCUAGUGAAAGCAAUGCCAAGUUUGAUCUUCACUUCUGCUUUGGAAGAUAACUGUACAUCAAGAACAUGUGCUAUCUGCCUUGAAGACUAUUGCCCCGGAGAGAAACUCAGGAUUCUGCCCUGUUGUCACAAGUUUCAUGCUGUCUGUGUGGAUUCUUGGCUUACUUCAUGGAGAACCUUUUGCCCAGUUUGCAAACGAGAUGCAAGAACGGGUUUGUCUGACCCACCACCUUCAGAAUCCACACCUCUGCUGUUAUCAUCCCCAUCAUCUGCGGCAUCCUCUUUCAUGUCUUCUAUGAGGUCAUCCUAUGCUUCAUCUUCAGCAAUACAAAUUGCUUCACAUUCACAAUCUGCUUCGCGUAACCACUCUUUAGCUAGUACCCCUUUCAUGCAGCCAUCUCUAAGGUCCUACCGCCAAUCCCCCUCUCUCAGUGUCAGCCGUAGCUCUGUAGAUCUUAGGAACGCAUCCCAAAGAUCUCUAGCUUCACACAUGAAUUCACCGCGUUCCAAUGGUUACCCAUCCAUGUCGUCUCUUAACUCAAGAUACUUGUCUUCACAUGUUCCAAGUCCAAGCAACGGUUCAGUAAGUUUCCUUGGUUCAUCCAGCCAUCAGCAACAUCCACUCCGUCAUAGCGAGUCAGCCGCAAGCUUCUCACCGUUUGCGUCUGCCACCUCCCUUCCGGACUGUUAA